AUGGGAAUAUUUAACGAACAAUCUUUAGAUCAUCCCUUUGCUAAGGGAAUACAAGGAGCACCAGGAGUUGGUUUUAAUCUAACUUCAAGUGGAGAUUAUGAUACGAUAAAUAAAAAACUAAGAAAUGUUGGCGCACCUAGUGUUAAUACUGAUGCUGCUACAAAAAAAUAUGUUGAUGACAAUUCCACUGGAACUCCCUCAACAUCACGACUAACAGUUGAUUCAAACAUUGAUAUGAAGGACCGCUUUCGUAUUUUAAACCUCAAACAUCCGGUUGACUCAGAUGAGCCAGCCACAAAACAAUACUCAGACAGUCGUUUUCUUGACAGAAAUGGUUCACGAACAAUGAUUGGCAAUCUAAGCAUGAAUAAUAAUAAAAUAAUUAAAUUUGGCACACCAACAGCUAAUGAUGACGCCGCAACAAAAAAAUAUGUUGAUGAUAAUUCUAGUGGAUCACCCAAAACAUCACAGCUAACAGUUGAUUCAAACAUUGAUAUGAAGGACCGCUACCGAAUUACAAAUCUUGUCGCACCACAGGAUUCUAAAGAUCCAGCAACAAAAUAUUACGUAGACAACACAUUUCUUGACACAGAUGGAUCUUACCCAAUGAAAGGAAAUCUUAAUAUGGACAACAAUCGAAUAUUAAAUCUGCCAGCUCCAACAGGUUCCAAUCAACCAACACCAUUAGCUUUCACAGAUAUGAAGUAUCUCCACGUUGCUGGAACAAAUAAAAUGACUAAUAAUCUAAACAUGGAUAAUAAAAAAAUAAUUAACCUUAGACCACCAACAGCCUCCACAGAUGCUGCAACUAAAAAAUAUGUGGAUGAUAAAACUUCUUCUGGUGGAAGUAGUGGAAGCAGUUUAGAUUUAAGUAAUUAUUUGAAAAAAGAUGGUACCGUUACUAUGACUGGUAACCUAAAUCUUGGAAACAAAAAAAUAGUUGGUCUUGCUACUCCAACAUCAAAUACAGAUGCUGCAACUAAAAAAUAUGUUGAUGACAACACAGUUGCUCCAGAUUUAAGUGAUUACUUGGAAAAAGAUGGUACCGACGCUAUGACUGGAAACUUAAAUCUUAACAACAAUAAAAUAGUUAACCUCAGUGACCCCACCACAGAUCAACAAGCUGCUAAUCGCGGAUGGGUUCGUAAACAAAUAGAAAGAUUUGAUCAUCAUUCUGGAGAUGGAACAAGUGGUGUAUUUACUAUAACAGAUCCAGCUGCGGCAACGACUUUGUAUCUACAAUAUAUCUCAGGUUCAUCAUUUGAUGAUUUUGUUUUUACAACAUCAGCACCUGGUCAACCUCUUGUAGGGUGGGCACCAACUGCUAAUACAUACAUUAACAAAAUAGAAUUUCAAUUUGGUUCGCGAAAUAUAAACGUUGACUUUUUGUGGUUUAUUCCCACAGAUACCUCUCAUUCCAAUUCUAACUUUUGGGUAAGUGGAAAUCGCACUGGCACUUGGUCAUUAAAUAUUCACAAGUCUUGGAAUUAUAAUAUGUCAGGAGUAAAACUAAGAACCCAUAACAAUUCAAAUCACACUGCUAUCACUUGUCGGCUAUUCACUGAUUUACCAAAAGCAAUAACCAAACCACUUAAGAGAAUAGAAAUCAACACACCUAAAAUUGUAAUAAGUGGGGUUAUAAAAGCUGAUGUCAACCUUGGAGGUAAUAAAAUACAGAAUCUGGGAGCACCAACCCAAGACACAGACUCAGUAAACAAAGGUUAUGUCGACAAUCUAGUUCAUCUUACUGCAGUUCAACCAAGUCAUUAUAAAGAUGAGUUUGCUUAUCUCAUGUCAAGUGGGUCUCAAUGGACUGAUGAAAUAGAUGGAGGAGUUAGUUUACUUAUAAAAAGUAUAAGAGAUUUACCACCAAACAAAGGUAAUUUUCAUGACUAUAACCACAAAGUUAUUUACAUGUCUAUAGUCAAAAAUCAUCUAGGUAAAUAUAUUUAUAAGAUGGGAAUUAAUUUUUACAGACUAACUGCAAAUACUGAUUACACGUUGUGUUUGGAAAUACUCAACACUGAUUAUAAUCUUUGGAAUAAUAGUAAAAUAAGUGUUGACAAAGGAACUUCAACAGGAUUGUCAAUUGGAAAUGUAAUUGUAAAAAAACUAUCCCAUAAGUAUACUGAUGCAACAGGGAAAACACAAACUAUGUACUACCACAGAAUAAUAGUUAAUUUCCGAAAGUUGUCAUCUGGGAAUAAGUUCUUUCUUCACAUUUUGGUUGAUAUUCUUCGUGGUGGAUAUAAUCUGAAUGCGUAUCCGUUAUUUUUUGAAGGAGUUUACAUCAUUGCCUAUGGUAUUAUGGGUACAUUUAGCAAUAUCGAUCCAGAUAAAGUUUACGACUAUCGCACCGCAUUUGAUAUUAAACCAACAGAAGUAGUGUACAAUGUUGAUAUUAAUGCAAAUCAAAAAAAAAUAUUAAACAUUAAUCUCGAUAGAAGCAAUAACAAUAGUGCUGCAACAGUUGCAAUGGUAAAAGAACUAGCUCCUCACACUAAAAAUGCUUUGUAUAGAUUAUACUUUAGUGCGUUCUAUGACUUUGCUGAUGCGGAUACUUACGGAAUAAAUAUAGGCUCAUCUGGAGUUAUUAUUAAUUCUGUGAAACCUAAUAUAACACUACCACCUAAUAAAGACCUAAGUGAAAUAUCAGAAAAAGGAUUACAUGUUAAUGGUUAUGAUAUUACUUUUUCUCCUUCACAUUCUUCAAAAUCUACUUUAUGUAUUGUUUUUACUCAUUGGAGAAAUAGGAGUUUUACCCUAACUAAAUAUUUAUCAACAAACAAUAAUAUUUUAGUAAAAUUGGAUUACAAUAAAUCAAACAAUAAAGUAACUUUAACUGUCAACAAAACAACUCAAAAUUUUACCAUGCUAAGUAGUUUUAAUGGAAAAAUAAUUGUUUUAUGGCUAACAGAAAAUUUUAGUGCAAAUGUUACAAAAGUUUCAAUAAGUAACUACAGCGGAACAUUAACUAUACCAGCUGUUCAAUACAAUGCUAAUCAACGUUGGGAGUUUACAACUGAAGAUGGAGUGAUAUUAAGAUUAAUGUACUCUCUAAAAUUUUACGACAUCGGCUCUGAGCAAUUUCACAAAGUAAUGCUUCAAGAAAAGUUAAAUGGAAGUUAUGUAAUCUAA